AACCCGGAAGUGUCAGAGGGGAGAAGCGGUGUGUUGGCAUCCUGGAGACAUUUCGAUCAAAGUGCAAUAAAAAGCCUCCCGCCGCGGACACACGUGUCGUUAUGCGGGGACACUUCCACUGAGCCACCCGAGCAACGUCAGCAGUGCGGAGGAGGGAAACGAUGGGGAGGAAAGACGCCAGUGCGACCGGAGUGCCAGUCGAGCAGUACAGGAAGCAGAUCGGUAAGCAGGACUACAAAAAGACAAAAUCGGUCUUAAAGGCCACACGGCUGAAAGCUGAGGCGAAGAAGAAUAACUCUGGAUUCAGGGACGCGUUCCUGGUCAUCGCGGCGAUCGCGUUGUUUGUUCUCUGCAUCUACGCCUUCUUCUACCUCAACCUGAGCACCGAGCUCAACCUGGACGGGGACGAGGAUUAACAGGAGGUGGGCCGCACGCCGGGAACUUUCUUGGUCCAUGUUUACAGCCACAGAAGCAUGUCCAGGCUGUUCAGUGUGUGAGGAGGACACACCAGGACAAUGAACUGCCUCUUCAGGAGGGAAUCCAGUAGACGAUGUUAGUUUGAGGCCACUUUUGAGAUUUGACGCGCGUUUUUGUAUUGUCCCUUAAUUUUCAGCAUGGGAGCCUACUAUGAAACUGCAGAAAUGAUUGUACUGACAUUAAUUAUUUUUAAAUUCAUAAAAUAGAGAUAGAGCCUCCUCUCACGCACGUCUUCCCAGCCUGAGCUCUGUUAAUCACAUUCCGCCGAGUCACGUCCCGCUGUUUUCUCCACCGAUGGAAAAAUGUAAAUCUCCCGCGGAACCUCUCGUCGCGUCGAGACAAACACCUGCCUCACAUUCCAGUGCACAACCCCCCCCCCCCCCCCCUCGCGGACAGCCGCAGAUCGCAGAGUGUGAGAUUAGAAUCCACAAAGCCCUCGUCCUGAUUGGACACGUGUGCGGAAUACAGAGAUGCGCAUUGUACCUGCAGCACAUACAUGCAGCACUUAGGCAGACGUCCUCGGGAUUAGCAUGACAAACACGAGGGCUGCUCUUUCAUUGGAAUGGAAAUUUACAGACGUGACUGACGCGUGUUCCUCAUAAGGGACAGCUUGAUGACUUCCCCCUUUACAGUGUGAUGCAUCUCUAUAGAACGAGAUAUCACGGUUUGUUAGCGUCUUUCUUUUGAGUCCACAAGCCAUUUUGAAAUUAUACAAUAUUUGCAUUUAAUUAUCACUUUCUGCUGCAAGCAAGCUUCCAGGACAUUCCAGCCCCGACUAGCAAUAUCUGUGCUGUUUUAUAAAAGCCAAUCGAUGCAUUAUUCUGGAAACGUUUUUUUUUUUAAUGCAUAAAAGGCCGUUACUAAAAAACACAAGAGAACAUUGUGACUCCUCUCAUUCCGAAACAUGUUUUUCUUCUUUUUUCGUUUUUUUUUCUCCGCUGAGCCUUUUUUCUUAAAAAACAAGUCUGUGUCUCGAUUGUGUUCCGGGGCUCGAAACAUGAGACCGAUUUCGUGCUUUCAGUUUUCUGCAUUUUCUCCCAUGACCCCCUGACCUCUAGUAAAAGACCACACGUCAAAGAAACCAUUAUGAUAAGCACGCACCCGCACCCUCGCCCAGUGGCUUUUAUCAGGCCUCGGUACAUCCUCAACCCCCCCCCCCCAGCCCUUGCAUGUGUAACAAUAGACAGCCCGGGCCCUUAUAGACCUUCAUACAUGACACCUGUUAUCUCAAAGGUCAGCGUUACCAAAUACAAGAGCUCUGGCAUCAGCGCGGUGAAAAAGAAUCGCAGCACCACCAGCCAUGUUGGGCAAGAUGAGAUGCAAGCUAUUCUUCACAGUGGUUUAAUGGUUUAGUGCUGUUGUUGAAUUGGUUUGAAUGGUAUAUACACACGCUACAGUUUGCCUUGGUUCAGUUACUGGAUACUGUGUGAUGGCUUUGCAACUACAUUUCCAUAAUAUUUCUUUUGUUUGAAUUGAUUAUAAAUCAAAAGGAUGAAACUCUUUAUCCGGAAACAUGUAUAAUGUAACAAAACUAUUAAAAAAAACUCCUUUCA